AUGGCAUCAAAAGCCCUUACUGAUGCGACCCUAGUGAACCACCAAGAUGAGACCGAGAGAGAGUCAAGCGAGUUCGAGAAGAAUCAGAAACGUUACCAAGACCUAAUCGCCUCGUUUCCUCACGCCAAUGGCUGGAGGCCAAAAGCUACGCUGAUCCAGUACGGUGGUCACUGGAUAGUACAGCCUCUCCUUGAAGGUUGGCUUCAUGCACAAGACUUUUUCCAGGCACGACCCAUUGACUUUUUCGUUUGUAGCUACCCAAAGUCAGGCACCACUUGGCUCAAAGCUCUAGCUUUCGCUAUCGCCAAUCGAUCUUGCUCUGACCAUUCCUCAAACCCUCUCUUAAAAAGCAACCCUCAUGAUCUUGUUCAUUUCAUUGAGGGCGAACUCUCUUUAGUCCCUCAAGUUGAUGAUGUUGCCAAUGACAAUGGGAACACUCUUUUCUCGACUCAUAUCCCGUAUGGAUUGUUACCCGAAUCAAUUUUGAAGUCGGGUUGUAAGAUGGUUUACAUCUGGAGAGACCCAAAGGACACAUUUGUGUCCAUGUGGAAUAUUUUCCAAAAGGAAAGGUCAGACAAUGGCCCUCUCAAUACCCUAGAAGAGUCUUUCGACAAGUUAUGUCAAGGUCUUUCUUUGUACGGUCCUUAUCUAGAUCAUGUCAUGUCGUAUUGGAACGCUUACCAAGAGAAUCCUGAUCAGAUUUUGUUCCUCAAGUAUGAGACAAUCAGAGCUGAUACUUUGCCUUACGUGAAGAGAUUGGCUGAGUUUAUGGGUUAUGGAUUCACAGCUGAAGAAGAGAAGAAAGGGGUUGUUGAGGAGGUAGUGAAUCUUUGCAGCUUUGAGACGUUGAAAAAUCUUGAAGCCAACAAAGGAGAGAAAGAUAGAGAGGGUACCGAAGGAAGAGAAUGUUGGGAUAAACUUGAAGUUAGCUUGAGUUUCAAGCUAUCCUAA